GUGAGGGGGGUGACGCGCACUCGCCGCUGCACCGGUUGAGGUCGUCGGGGUCGGGGGUGACGCGAUUGCGGCAGCCGGUGGGUGCUGUCUGUUGUGUUGUCGCCGACGUGGAUGAGCAGCCACGCAGAGACGUUUGCGAUUCGACCGGCCGGCGCGGAGGCUGAACGCGCGCCGCCGUCUCGCCGGUGGGAGGGCGCCGGUGUAUAAAACGUAAGGCGGAACGCUGCACCGCACACUGUACAGCCAUGCACGGUGCAGCGUUCGGGUGUCUGGUGUUGUUGAGCGUCUGGUGCUAUCAUGCACGGGGGCACGCCACUGCCGCGGCCGUCGACGAUCCGGGGGGACUCGGGGCGCAUCAUCCGUCGUCCGGCGCGGUGAUGGUGGCGCCCACCGCGCCGCUGCUGCCGCCGCUGCUCAAGUCGGAAGUGGUGUCGACGGCCACCACCGUCGGCCCGGACGCCAUGGUGGUCGCGGCGUCGUCGCUGUCGUCGGCGGCGGCCGGUGCCGCGGACUUGGACACGGCGGCGUCCAAGAAGAAGAAGAAGAAGAAAAAGUCGAAAAAGUUCAAAAAGGGCGGCGGCUCUAGCCACAAGGAGGACCAUUUCAACAAGAAGGGCAAAAAGGCGGACAAGGGGUACAAGUCGAAACAUUCGAAUCACCACGGCAAGAAGGGCCACCACAAGAAGGAGGACAAGAAGAAACACUUUGCGGAGCACGGCGGCCACAAGAAGAAGCACCACGACGAGGGCGGCUAUUACAAGGACCACCACAAGGGCGAGAAGGGUGAGAAGGGCCACAAGUUCGAAGACAAGGGCGCGUACAAGAAGGGGCACAGCACCAAGGGCAAACACGAGGUCCACAAGCUAGACGAGUUCAAGAAGAAUAAAAAAUUCUACGACGAGCACCACGACUCGGGACACCACAAGAAGCACGGUGGCUACGAACACAAGCACGGGCACAAGGAGGGCAAGAAAUACAAGAAGGGUCACAAGCACGCCGGACACCAUCACGACCACAAGGGCAAGAAGGGCAAACACCAUCACGGCAAGCACCACAAAGAGCACAAGGGUCACAAGAAGGCGGCGGGACACGACGAGAAGUACGGACACAAGAAGGACUAUGCGAAAAAGGGUGCGCACGACGAGCACAAGAAAUGGAAAUUUAGCAAAAAACAAUGAUCCUGAGCUAAUUCGAGUGAUGGACGUCGUCGCAGUCGCUGUCGCCCUGCGAUCCGACUUAUAACAAUAUUACUACUGCAAUAGGUAUAUCGUAAAUGACAAUAUGUUAACGUGUAGUAGUACUUAUACUUUAUAAUGUGACGUUAUCCGCGACUGAAUCGAUUCGUGUUAUACUUAAUCCUUUUCUACACUUAUAUCUUUAAUUAUAUUUAUACAUCUAUUCAUAAUAUUAUUAUAUUUAUAUACUUGCAAU